GAGGCCAGCAGAAGACAAGGGCGCUGCCAGGGAGACGGGACCACCCACAGGACCCCAGGCGGGCUGAUCAGGACCUGGAAGCACAACUCAGCUCUUGAUGUCUCUGAGGAGACCCCCAGCUUCCUGCCCUCUGGGACCCAGCUGAGCUCCUCCCGAAGCGUCCCUCUGAGAGUGUAGUGUGCGAGCCUCCAGGCUUGCCUGCUCCGGACUAUGAAAGGCAUGAAUUCCUGGUUUGUUUUAAAAGGACUUCCAUUCCCAAAGGAAGUCGUACCAUUUAAACAGCUCCACUUCUGAUGGUCUGGGCAAGACAUUUUCAAUAGACUGUUCUAGCCCAAAGCAGGCACCUGCCCGUCAGUCCCUGCCAGCCUCAUUGGGCCUCAGCGCUGGGGAACAGGAAGGCACUAGCCAGCCUCCUGGCAGAGCCCAGUGAGUUCAGCUGUGACAAUGGAGUUGGGUAGGAGCCCCUCCACUCCCCAAGAAGCCAUUUCCCCUCUUGGUGCACUGAGUGCUGUGCCCAGAAGCUCCCCAGUGGGGAAGCUUCAAGCCCUUCCCAUUGGUCCAGGUGCCCACCGAGGGGCCCACGGCAGCGCAGGCUCCGCAGGGGAUGUUUCCUUAGGGGAGCCAAGCGGUGCCUUGAAGAUCCCUAACAGGGACAGCGGGAUUGACAGCCCGUCUUCCAGUGUGGCUAGCGAGAACUUCCCCUGUGAAGAGGGCAGUGAGGGCUCCCCAAGCCCUGCCGUCCUGGGGCUACACCCUGAGACAGCUUCGGACAGCCGGCUCCCACAGGACACCCCCCAGGAGGAGGAAGAUAGUGGCGUGGGUGAGGAGUCUGACCCCAAGACCACCCCUUCCAGGCCUGAGGAAGAUGUCGGCUUGACGCAGUGCUCCGACCCACAGAAGCUGCUCCACAUUGCCCAGGAGCUUCUGCACACAGAGGAAGCCUACGUGAAGCGGCUGCACCUGCUGGACCAGGUUUUCUGCACCAAGCUGGCAGAAGCAGGGAUCCCUCCGGAAGUGACCACCGGCAUCUUCUCUAACAUCUCCUCCAUCUACUGCUUCCACGGGCAGUUCCUCCUCCCGGAGCUGCAGAAGAGGAUCACGGAGGAAUGGGACACAAACCCUCGACUCGGGGACAUCCUGCAGAAACUGGCCCCGUUCCUGAAGAUGUAUGGCGAGUAUGUCAAAAAUUUUGACAGGGCGAUGGGACUGGUGAGCACAUGGACCCAGCGCUCUCCGCAGUUUAAGGACGUCAUCCACAGCAUCCAGAAGCAGGAGGUGUGUGGAAACUUGACGCUGCAGCAUCACAUGCUGGAGCCUGUGCAGAGGGUCCCCCGCUAUGAGCUGCUGCUCAAGGACUACCUCAAGAGGCUCCCCAGGGAUGCCCCGGACCGGAAAGAUGCUGAGAGGUCCCUGGAGCUCAUCUCCACAGCUGCUGACCACUCCAAUGCUGCCAUUAGGAAGAUGGAGAAAAUGCACAAGCUUUUGGAGGUGUACGAGCAGCUGGGCGGGGAAGAGGACAUCGUCAACCCAGCUAAUGAGCUGAUCAAGGAGGGCAACAUCCAGAAAUUGUCAGCCAAGAAUGGUACCACUCAGGACCGACACCUCUUCCUGUUCAACAACGUGAUGCUCUACUGUGUACCCAAGCUAAGGCUCAUGGGCCAGAAGUUCAGUGUACGGGAGAAGAUGGACAUCUCUGAUCUCCAGGUGCAAGAUAUUGUGAAACCAAAUGCAGCACACACAUUCAUUAUAACAGGAAGAAAAAGGUCCCUGGAGCUUCAGACUCGGACAGAAGAAGAGAAGAAAGAAUGGAUUCAGGUUAUUCAGGCUACCGUGGAGAAGCACAAGCAAAAGAGUGAGUCCUUCAAGGCCUUCAGCGGUGCCUGUAGCCAGGAUGAGGAGCCCAGCCUGUCUCCAGACCAGCCUGUCACGUGUGCCAGCCCUGUGGAACCUGCAGGGGUAUCGGACAGCAAUGGGGUUAUUGCAGGGACUGAGUCCAGGAAGUUGUCCUCUAAAACAAGGCGUGACAAAGAGAAGCCCGGAUGUAAGAGCUGUGGUGCGACCUUCAACUCCAUCACCAAGAGGCGGUAUCGCUGCAAGAUGUGUGGAGUGGUCCUCUGUAGGAAGUGCUCAGAAUUCAAGGCCGAGAACAGGAAGGAGAGCCGCAUCUGCUUGGAGUGUUUCCUGGAAGAGCCCCUGGUGCCUGUAAGCCCUAGCUCUGAGACUCCCACUGAGCUUAAACAGAAUGCAGAGCCUCCCUCUGUAGAUUCUCAGCCCACGCUGUUCUGCGGCACCCUCCAUCUAUCAGACAAUGGUACAUCCUGGAGUGAGGUAUGGGCAGCCAUUCCUGAGUCACAUCCCCAGGUGCUACAACUGCUGGAAGGCAGUCAGGCUGGCAGAGUGCUGCAUACCAUCCCUCUCUCUGGCUGUCAUGUAAUGGUGCCAGACGGCGAGGCGAGGCAGGAAGCAGGGAGCAACCGGCAUGUGUGGAAGCUACAUCAGGGUCCACACACCUGGUGGCUGAGCGCCUCCUCCACAAAGCUGCGGCAGUGCUGGCUGGAAGCUCUGAGCACUGCUGCCGGUGGGGACACGGGUGGGAACAGACCGGAUGCCUCACAGCCCCAGGCUGCAGCAAGCGCUGACACUCCAUGAGCCUCCUACUGUCCUUCACGUGAUUGUGUUUGGCCUGUGUUCUUUUAUGGGUGACCUUAGAAGUCACACGAAGGGAUGAAGGACUCCUGUGAGCACUGAGGAUGGACAGAUGGCCCAGAGAAGAGUAGUAGCUACGGGUCCAAGAUCACUCAGCAAGUCUUAGACAAGAGCUGGGCUCCUAGCUCUAGCCCCAGCAUUGUGAUCAGAGCCGGGAAGAAUGGCCCCUACAAAGCAAAUGUCAUCUGAGCUGGUUGAGUGAUGGUACCAGCUCUCAAAGGCACAAGGAGGCCGGGUGGGCUCUGCCCAAGAGUGAUCAUGUCCAACCUGGUGUGAUGUUACUCUUGGAAAGGCAGAGCUGUCUGUGGCCUGACCUGGCCUUUGUCCGUCUAUUUACCUGCUCCUCUGGGCUUCUCUUCCACACUCUGCCCUCUCCUGAAACACUGCUUGUCUGCUAUUCCUGCUGGGCAAGGAGCAAGGGACUUCUUAUCCCACCAUUCCCAAACAGCCACACUCAGAGACUGCAGGGAAGCCAGCCCUAAACCACGUGUGGCAGGUUUGUGAGGUACCCUCUAUGGGCAGGUGCCAUGCUUGUUGGCAUAAAUGAGUUUUGGCUAUCACAAGUGGCACACCCUCGGCACCUUCAACGCUACCCUUCCAGGGUUCCCCUCAAGGCAAGUGCUAGUAGAAGAAUGCGUACAAAGGUGACAAAAUGGCAUGGACCAAACAUUUGUGAUACAGAGCAGUUCUGCAUCCCUGAUGCUGGAGGUAGUGGGUGAGCAGCUAAGCCAUAUAGCAAGGGUAGGGGUGCUGGCACUCAAUAUGUGGGGAUGUGACAAAGGUCACAGGGCUCAGGAUGCUGUUUGCCUCUUCGGGAGUAGGAAAUCUAGGCCAGUGAUGGUCCUUCAGGAUUCCAACCCUGUAGCAUCAGCACGGCACUGUGUGGGGACAACUGGGCAAGCAUAAGAGACAACCACCUGGUGGGGUGGGGUGUAGAGCCAGAAAUGGGUGCUGGUUAUAGGUGACAUUGGGAAGUACAGAUGAGACGGGGCCUCAAGUGAGAUGGGGACUGGGGUUGGGGGACCCAGGUAAGGCAGGGUGGGGAAGAAGUAAAGUGGGUUGGAGCAGAAGUGAGGUGGAAGGGGCAGAGGUGAGACGGAUGGGGCAGGGGUGCAUGGACAGGAUACAAGUAAGGUGAAACAAGGUGGGCAGGGUGCCGGUGAGGUGUCAGGACACAGCUGAGGCUAUGCUAGAGACCCCUGGACUGGUUAUGAGCUGCCUUCGGGUUGCUUGCAAACACUUGCAAAAAUGCUCCGAUGUACACUCACCAUCUAGGUGAGCAGAACAGGCAGAGCACCUCCACACUGGGAGGAACACAUUAGGAACCACAGCAAAGUCCUCACCCACCAAGUUCCAGAUGGGGCAGUGCUGAAGGUGGCCCAGGUGGAACAAGGAACAGAGGAGGUGCUUUCUUUGACUCGGCACACGGCAUGGCAGACACGGCGGGACUGGCACCAGCCUUCAGCCUCUUGCCUCACAGUUUCUUCCUCCUGCUCAUAGAGGUGCUGGCCCUCGCAGUUCAAGGAUUCCAAGUGUGGCUCCUCUGAAGAAUCAGAGCCUGCGGAGGACGCAUCCUGCCUCCGGGAUGCAGACUAGUCAGCCUGAAGUUGGGGGGCUCCUGAUGUUACCUAAGCAGAAAGUUACCUUUCUUGUUGCUGUGACAAAAUGUUAGACAAAAGCACCUUACAGAAGAAAGGGUUUCUUGGCUCACAGUUUGAGGGUACGGUCGUCAUGGUGAGGAACACGUGGCUGCAGGAGUGCUGGCUGUAUUCUUUCCAUGGUCAGGAAGCAGAGGGAUGGACGGCUACUUUCUCCUUUUCAUUCAUUCCAGGAUCCUAAGCGGUGGAACGCUGCUGUUCACAUUUAGGCUGUGUUUUCUCUUCUCAAUUAAACCUUUCUGGAAACACCCUAA